AUGGAGUCACCAAGCAACUCGUCGUUGCUGCCCUCGGCCAUGGACCUCCUCAUGGCCUUUCCUCGCCUAGCACAGCGAGCACCAGAGUUCAUGGACAACAUCGCUGGGAAGAUCUUCAAUGGCGGCAGCGUGAUUGCUGAUGCUACGGCCCACUCCACCACCGUCAACUCGACCAUCACAAACACGAGCAACGCAUUUGUGCAGAGUACCGCCUCGACCUUGGAGUCAACAUUCAGGGAGGCUUGGAGGACAGCCGCGGAAGAGGAGAGCUCGUCCUUGUUCAUGAGCAUCGCACACGGCAUUGGCAAGGUCAAGCAGUUUGGCGGCAUAUUCUCGUACUUGACAUCAAGAUGGGCUUUGACAACGUUUACUGCGGCCAUUAUCCUUAACCGUACCCAGUUCUAUGCCUCCUCGCGCGAGCACCUUCGACUUCGCUUCCACAUGCGUUUGGCCUUGUAUGCGGUCCCCGUAGCCUCGUUUCUCAUGCAACUCAUGACUAUCCUGCAAGCCAUGAAAUGCCAGACCUCGCCCGACUUUGCUCAAAUCCGAUACGGCGACCCGCUCAAGAAUCUCGCUAUUGACUUUGGUGGUGAAGGUGGCUUUUUGUACAACUUGAGUUCUACGCUGUUGUUUUGGCAGGACGAUGCUAGCUGCUGUAACGCACGCAGCAUGUCGUUGGUCAGCUUGGACGACGACAAGAGCGCGCUGCGUGGGUCUUUAUCGCUCCUCUACUGGUUCUUCCUCACGCUCUGCACCAGUCAGCUCUUCGAAACGCUAUCUUGUGCACUACAGGGAAAGCAGCCGAUGCCAGAGACCGGGAUGACGAUCUUCGAGCACUCCCUGGCAUUCGCGGAGUGCGAAGCCAUGAUUAGCAGUGCACUCGGCUUUGGCUUCUUCGGUAUCAAAUCUGGAGACGCACCCUCAGGCGAAAACUCUGGCCCACUCGUCCAUAGAUCGGAGAUCCUUCAGCGUCUGAAUGUGCCUCCAGAAGUCCUUCUGGUCUGUCUCAUCUCAUGCUUCAGCCAUCUCAGCAGUGCCACCCUCGCCGUUGUGGGGCUCAGGCACAAAGUACGACUUGUCAACACUGCCAUCUGGGCUUGCUGCUACAUGGCCGCUUUCGUGUGGAGCUUCACCAAGAUACUGAUGAACCCUAUCGAACAGAUUGCCGACCUGGGUGUUUUGCGAUUCCCUACCGUUUGCGUGGUCGGCUUCAUACCACACCUGCUGAUCUUGGUCGGCAUCGUCGUCUGCGGAGCGAUCUAUGGACUGGCACUGUUCGUCACGGCACUGUCCGUCCCAUCGGAUGCUGCAGAAGGCCUUUCGUUUCGGCAGAGGCUGGCUUGGGCUUACAACAAUCUCCAAGCCAACGUACAGUUCUCGACCAACUCCUCUAUCCGAAUAAAGAUGUCGGAAGACUUCUACACCACACUUCUCAAGAUUGGCUUCAACGUACUGACAGCCGCCAGCGAGGCAGUAUACCUUAACGAGGGCAGCCAAAUACAUGUUGCACCGAUGACAUGGAUUGAGCAGAAGCGGAUUGACGAGAUAGCAGCGAACAUGGACAAGCGUAAGACUCCUGCAGUGCCUUCAGAGUUGCUUGGCGAGGGCAUUGCGAGGGGUCUUGGCUUCAUCGAUCAUCAAAACGCUGCUAUUGGCCGAUCACCCUACGCGCGAGAGCGCAAGUCGAGACCUACCAAAGCUGAAGGCGAUAGACCGAAUGGGUCUGAACUGGAUAGUGGCCUCGGACUUACCCAGCGGAGGAGCAGGAUGCAACUGACAUUUGAUUUCAUAGCCGGGAUCUUUUGGCUUGUUAUCGGCUUGCAGGCGAGUCUUUGCUUGAACAUGCUCCGGAAACUUGGCAUUGAGCAUCGACCUGCUUGGUUGCUGAAAGCAGCUGGUGUUGCUGAGGGGUCGAGACGUCCAUCAGCGCACAAUCGUCCUAGGCAGAGAGAUGCACUCGAAUUUUACAUGCUGAGUGAUGAUGGGACGUACUCGCUGCCCACGGACAACAACUUCGAUGUUGAGGUUGAGACUCGGCGGAGAGUCAUUCAAGCUGGCACAUAUCAAGGCGAACCACAUAUCGCGGAUGAGGUCUAUCGCUGGUGGCGAAAUGGCGGCCGCUUCGGAGACAUGGACGCAAGUGGAGACUUUGAAGUCCUCUCCCAGCAAGAUGAUGAUACGACGAGUGUAAUAUCGAUGUCUACAACAGCAAGUACGACAGAUAGCCAGGAGGAUAGCGGAAGAAGAACACCGACACAGCUGGAUCCAUUCGGCGAUCGUAGUAGAGAGAGCACCCCUGCGUCUGAAGCAGGCUUCGACAUGGGAUCUCUCGCUCGAUUGUUGAAUCCUCAGACGCUUGCCGAUCGUGAGGAGGCUCGACUUCUAUCACACAGCCUUCAAGCCGACCGCCCGAUGACACGAAGCCAAUACCGCCGCAGUAUGGACCGCACUCGCGCUGAACUUCUAUCGGGCCUGCGCAACUCCACCACCCAGCCGUCGUCCGAACAAGACGAAGAAACCGAUCUCGAACACUUCAUCCUCUCCCAACGCUCCAAAGCCAAAGCCCGCGCCCACAAGGCCAACACCUGGGAAUCCGGCGCCGAAGGCAUGGGCGAGGGCGGCCCGCAGUGCGUGGUGUGUCAGUCCUGUCCGCGAACAGUCUUGGUCUGGCCAUGUGGAUGUCUGAGCAUGUGCGAUGAUUGUCGCGUCGGGCUUGCGGCGAGGAAUUAUACCAAGUGUAUUUGCUGUCGGACGGAUAUUGCGGCUUAUUCGAGGUUGUAUGUUCCUUGA